UGCCUCCAGCCAUGAUCUCCAUUUCAUCUUCACCCCUGCUCUACCUGAGUCUCCUACUCUUCCUCUCGUACCACUCCCUUGUUCUCUCCUAUCGGACUGGGAACCGCAGCCAGUGUGAGUCUGUUCCUUUUGUACCGGGCCACAACCUGGUGGGAGAGGGCUUUGAUGUGGUCACCCUGCGUCGAAAAGGAGCCUACAUGGUUGAUGUGAAGACCUACCUCACUCCAAGUGGCACCUGUACUCUUCUCUCCAACCAUAUUCAAGGCAACAGUCUGCAGAAACUACCAGUCUCUGCGGUGGACUGGCGUGCAUUCAGCCGAUGCAGUGAAAUCAGCAGUGCACACACCUCCAUCAGGUCAAUGAUGGGUGCUUACAUCUCCCAGGACAGUGAAGACGGGAAGACCUACCUGGAUCUUGGAGGAACGCGUCUUGCAACAUAUAAUUUUGCUACAGAAAAGAUCAGAGAAGACCGCUACUCUUUCAGCUUACAUGGGGUCAGAUGUAGCCAUUACAGUUACCGUGUGUCAAACAGACCGCCCCUCAGCUCUGAGUUCAGAAAGGAUUUGGAGAGACUGCCAAGUUUGUACAACUCCUACACCAGGGCUCAGUACAGGGAAAUCAUAAAUACCUAUGGCACACACUACAUCUACCAGGUUUAUCUUGGGGGGCGAGUCAUGCGAGUCACAGCUGUACGUACCUGUUUACCAACACUAAACGGGCUCUCUUCAGGUCAGGUGCACUCCUGCUUAUCACAGGGUUUCAAAGUAGGCCUGGGGAAGGUCAGUUCAUCUACUAUCAGCAGCACUUGCUCCAAGGUUCUACACAACCAGGGCUUUACCACCUCAAGCUAUGAACUUCACCAACAUCGCACAGAGGUUGUAGGAGGCACUAUUUGGCCAGGGGAGUUUUCACUCACUCAUAAGGACUCCCAGGGCUAUGAGAACUGGUUGAAAACUCUCAGGGACCACCCAGAUAUUGUUGGAUAUUCACUCAGACCAAUGUAUGAGCUGGUGCCAGAUGAGUCACAGAAGGCUGGGAUGAAGGCUGCCAUCGUGCAGUACUUAGCAGACAACUUGGUGUGGAGACUACACCUAGAACUAGAUUGUGGGUGGCACAUUCCCAACCUGGCACCCAACUGCUGUCCUCUACAGGCCUCGAGAGGAACACUGGAGGUGACCAUCGUCAGAGGCUGGGAUCUGUAUGGAGAUGUAUUCGGCACCACUGAUGGGUAUGUUAAGAUGCGGUAUGGUUCCUUCUACAGCAAGACUGAAACAAUCAGCUCAAACAAACCUAAGUGGAACGCUCAUUAUGAUCUGGGCACGGUGGAUACACGCUUAUCUUUGGAGUUUGAGGUCUGGGAUGAGGACUCAAGUAGUGAUGAUCAACUGAUAUCAUGUGACGUCUCCCCGACCAAGGGGUCAUACAGACUCAUCUGUCGAUCAUCGCUAGGCAACUUGGAGGUCAAGUACACGCUGACCUGUGACCCUCACCUGACUGGAGACAAGUGUGAUCGUUACAAGCCAUCUUCAGAGUCCAUGUUCUCCAUUUUAUCUUCACCCCCUCUCUGCCUGAGCCUCCUCUUCUUCCUCUCGUACCACUCCCUUGUUCUCUGUUAUCAGAUUGGGACCCGCAGACAGUGUAAGUCGGCUCCUUUUGUACCGGGCCACAACCUGGUGGGAGAGGGCUUUAAUGUGGUCACCCUGCGUCGAAAAGGAGCCUACAUGAUUGACGUGAGGACCUACCGCUAUCCAAAUGGAACCUGUAAACUCUACUCCAACCCCCUUCAAGGCAACAAGCUGCAAAAAGUACCAGUCUCUGCAGUGGACUGGCGUGCAUUCAGCCACUGCAAUCUUGAUGUCUCCAGCAGUUCACACUCCUCUGUCAGCUCAAUGAUGGAUACUUACAUGUCCCAUGAAAGUGAUGACUGGAAGAUUGGACUGGAUUUAGAAAAAUAUCUUCCAGCAAGCUUGAAUUUUGGGGGAACACUCUCGAACGCAUAUAAGUUUGCUAGACAAAAGAACAAACAGGAUCGCUACUUCUUCAACUUACACAAGAUCAGCUGUAGCCAUUACAGUUACCGUGUGUCAAGCACACCACCUCUCAGCUCAGAGUUCAUUAAAGAUUUGGCGAGACUGCCAAGUAUCUACAAUUUCCGCGACACCAGGCCUCAGUACCUCAGACUCAUACGUGUCUACGGCACACACUACAUUCGCCAGGUUCAUCUUGGAGGCAGACUCAUGCGGGUCACAGCUGCACGUACCUGCUUGUCAACACUGAACGGGUUCUCCUCAGAUGAUGUGCAAUCCUGCUUAUCACUUGGUCUGAAAGUAGGCCUGGGACUACAGGCAUUAUCCAGUAACCAAAAGUGCAGCAGAGUCCUACAGAACAAGGACUUCUCCACCUCGUCUCACUCUAGUCUCCACCUACAUCAAACAGAGGUGGUAGGUGGUAUUGAUUGGCCAGGGGAGUUUUCACUCUCUCAUAAGGACUCCAGGGGCUAUGAAAACUGGCUAAAAUCCCUCAAGGACUACCCGAAUAUUGUUUGGUACUCCCUCAGACCAAUGUAUGAACUGGUGCCAGAUGAGAGACAAAAGGCCCUAAUGAAGGCUGUCACCUUGAUGUACUUGGCAGAACAUGCUGUGAGCAACUCACACCGAGAACCAAAUUGUGGGUGGGGCAUUCCCAACCUGGCACCUAACUGCUGUCCUCGACAGGCCUGGAGAGGAACAUUCGAGGUGACCAUCGUCAGAGCCUGGGGUCUGAAAGGAGAUUACUUAAGCGCCGCAGACGGGUAUGUUAUGAUGUGGUAUGGUUCCACUUACCACAGGACUGAAAUGAUUAAAGACUCAAACAACCCAAGAUGGAACGCUCAUUAUGAUCUGGGCAUGGUGGAUACAAGAGACACUUGGAGGAUUCAGGUCUGGGAUGAUGACUCAAAUUGGUGGAAUGAUGACGACCUUUUGGUAUCAUGUUACCGACCUCCCAACUCGGGGUCAUACAUACGCACCUGUAGAUCGUCACUAGGUACCUUAGAGGUCGAGUACACACUGACCUGCAGCCCUUACCUGACUGGAAAAAAGUGUAAUUAUUACAAACCAUCUCCACGGUAA